AUGCCCAUCAACGCCAACGCCGUCCUUAACCGCCUCCAAGACCAGACCAUUCGUGAUCGGUCGUAUCUCGAGGCUUCCUUCACCACCAAUGGGGAGGCCGCAAGAGCGGCUAAUGAAAGCGAUGAGGCCGCUGCGCACCCUAUCAUGGACAAGUUCAUAACUGACCUCGGUUCAGAGGGAAUCCGCACGCUGACGAACUUCACUGUCACUGAGUUUGAAACUCUUUGGUCCUUCGUGGACACUGCCAUGCAAUCGGCUUGGAUGGAAGGGCGCGACCGUCGAUCUCCUACGAGCCCGAAGGACGCCAUGUUCAUGGCUCUGACCGUCCUCAAGCACUUCUCGUCAUGGGAAAAGCACACUGCGGAUUAUGGCUUCAAGGCACCAACGUUUGAGAAGCUUAUCACGCGCGUGCUCUCGGUGAUUGAACCCAUCUUCUACCGACGUUUCAUCACUCCAGUGACGAUGGCGGAGCUCACCCAGACAGGUCAGCGCUUUGCCCACUUUCCAUACGCUCUCUAUGCUGUAGACGUCAAGUUUCAACCUUCGAACCGACCUGCCGGUCGCUUUGCUGAGCAGAAGCACUACUUUAGUGGCAAAUACCACUUGUAUGGCUACAAGAUCGAAGCAGCUAUGUCGCCAGAUGGCCGAUGUGUUGCCAUGUCUACUGCCGACCCUGGAUCUGUGCACGACCUUACCAUUAUGAACUCUCGCAAACAUGUCCACCCUGUCAACUUAGCCAAGUCGGCCUCCGAGUCCCUUGUGCCGGACCAUGGAGAGCAGGCUGCCCUGCAUCGUGGCUCGUGGGCUUGUCUUGUUGACAUGGGCUACAUUGGAAUCAGCCACUCAUUGCGUGGCAUCCACCCGAAGCGUCUUCCCGCCCAUGGAUCUCUUGAUGCCAGCGACUUGGAACGAAAUGCCAACGUCUCCUCGCAUCGGGUGAUCGUGGAAAACUUCUUCGGCUGA